AUGGCGGGUGCUUCGUCAACCCCAGAUGGUCUCGGAGAAGCCCCCACGCUGGGGCAGGCGUGUGGACACGACCCCGGGCAGGAGGGAGGCUCCUUCAGCAGGACCUGGUGCCUGCCCGGGCUGAGAGCCGUCCUUCAGGCACAGACAUCCGUCCUAGGCCAGAUUCUGGCCUCGCUGGGGACCUCCCACUCGCGGGCCAAGGCUGAGGCCGCCCUCACUGCAGCACAGAAGGCCCAGGAGGAAGCACGCAUCGCCAGGAUCACUGCCAAAGAGUUCUCGCCUUCCUUCCAGCACCGCGAAAAUGGGCUCGAGUACCAGCGGCCGAAGCACCCGAUUUCCAGCAGUGACAUCGAGGUGGCCUCCACGGGGACGCCCCUGCAGCAGGAGAGCCCCGAGCUGUACCGCAAAGGCACCACCCCCUCGGACCUGACCCCCGACGACAGCCCCCUGCAGAGCUUCCCCACCAGUCCCACGGCCACCCCGCCCCCGGCCCCUGCCUCACGGAACAAGGUUGCCCACUUCUCCCGGCAGGUCUCGGUGGACGAGGAGCGAGGCGGGGACAUCCAGAUGCUCCUGGAGGGCCGGGGAGGGGACUAUGCCCGCAACAGCUGGGGUGAGGAGAAGGCCGGUGGCCCGAGGGGCAUCCGCGGCAGCGCCCUCUGGAGCGGUCAGCCCGCGGAUGACUUCCGCUGCCGGGGCUCGGGCCACAAGCAGCCCAGCAACCCCAAGUCCCGGGAGCGGCGGACGGAGUCGCCCCCUACGUUCUCCUGGACUUCCCACCACCGGGCAGGCAAUCCCAGCUCCGGGGGCACCAAGCUGCUGGAGCUGGAUGAGGAGAAGCUGAGCAACUACGAGAUGGAGAUGAAGCCUCUGCUGAGGAUGGACGCGUACGUGCAGGAGGCCCACCCCCAGAAGAGACGCUAUAGCAAGGGGGUGGCCUGCCGGGGCCUGGGGGAGGACCACCGCGCCGACGACCGGGGCUUCGGGGCACAGAGACUGCGGUCCAAGUCCCAGAACAAGGACAGCGCCAGGCCGGCCCCCUGCACGGAGCCCGCGGUACAGAGGCUGGAGAGCCUGCGGCUGGGGGACCGGGCUGAGCCCCGGCUGCUGCGCUGGGACUUGGCCUUCUCCCCGCCCCAGAAGUCCUCACCCGUCGCACCCGAGUCAGACGAGGAGAACGGGGACGAGCUCAAGUCCAGCACGGGCUCGGCUCCCAUCCUGGUGGCCAUGGUGAUCUUGCUCAACAUUGGAGUCGCCAUUUUGUUUAUUAACUUUUUCAUCUGA